AUGACGGCGCUACCCUCAAUCUUCGCCGUCGAAGACGUAUGUUACCAAACAAUCGCGAACCUGGAGCCCGAACUGUGGCAUGAAGGCGAAUGGCCUUCGCUCCGCAGAACUCUAGCCCAGACCGCCAGGGUCUGCACAAGCUUCAGGCGUCCAGCGCUUAAGACGUUAUGGAAACGCCUCCCUGAAGAUCGGCCUCUGGUCGACCUACUCUACACCCUGGGGAUCGCGACAACGGAGAAGAUUGGCGGAGCGGUGGAGGGAAAUGAUGGGACACAGAACCCAGAGUAUCGGGAGAUCCUGGUGUGGUCACAUCCCGAUGGCCCUCUUCAUAACCCCUCAUGGAAACUAUUCGGGGAAUACGCGUCGUUUGUGUGCGGAAUCACCCUCUUCCCUCUGCACGGGCCCACCUGGCUCGGACUCUGGGCUGAAAUUUGUCCCCUCAUUGGGGACACUCCCAUAUUGCCCGCCCUGUCGUCGUUAAUAUCUCCGUCUGUGCGCGAGCUCACCCUUGACAUCAAGCUCAGGGUGGAUCUCCUAUCUCUAGCCGGAAAUCCCGACUCUGAGAAUGCCACGGCCAUCGGGAGUCUGCCCAUUUCUAUCGCAGAGGAAGCCCCGAACAUCGAAAAGAUCAAGACCGUCACGUAUGGUUACUCGCGAGCACGACAUGUCACGGUCGAUGGAGUCACCGCUGGCAGUUCCGACCUGCAGAUCCUUGCCCAGCUUCUCGCCCUGGAGGGUCUCGAUAUUGCCCUCAAGAUGACGAGUAGUGUACAACUCGCCAUCACUUUCUCCUCCCUCCGCUGA